CCGUACACCGACACCGCGGCGGGUACGCGUACCGUUCCGUACACCACGAAAAUAUUAAAUAAUAUGGUCGGACAGCCGUGUUUUGUAUAUUUACGUUUUCGCUGAUCCGAGAUUAUUCACUGUUUUUGUUGUUUUUGUUUUUUUUUUUUUUUUUUUUUUGUCUCGCUCCGGCCAGUCCAUCAGCAAGCCGACCAGCCACCGUUCGGUUUGCUUUUCGCCCGUCCAAACGACGCCGCGCCGAAACGGCCUCCCGAUAGUGCAACGUCCGCCACAGCCUUAGCCGCCGCCGCCGCAGCCGGAGCUCCGUGUACCGUACUCCGCGAACUUAAGCGCCCCGGGAGCCGUGCGCUUAUUACCAGCAGCGCCAUGGUCCUGAUCAAGGAGUACCGCAUUUGCAUGCCGUUGACUGUCGACGAGAAUAAAAAAAGAACAUAAUGUUGUUGAACACAGAACGUACAGAUAAAAUGGAGGCAAAGCUAGAAGUUGUGCCUUCAACUCCAGUAUUAAAAUGGAAGAAAAUUCUUGAUCCCAUUGGACCUCAACCGAGGCCUCGGCAUGGACACAGAGCAGUCGCUAUUAAAGAUCUUUUAAUUGUUUUCGGUGGCGGAAAUGAGGGAAUUGUUGAUGAAUUACAUGUUUACAAUGCAGCUAAUAACCAAUGGUUUAUACCUCAGACUUCUGGUGAUAUACCACCUGGGUGUGCUGCAUAUGGUUUAGUUGUUGAUAAUACUAGAUUACUAAUUUUUGGUGGUAUGGUUGAAUAUGGAAAAUAUUCAAAUGAACUAUAUGAACUCCAAGCAAGUCGAUGGCAUUGGAGUAAGCUUCAACCUAGACCUCCUCUUUAUCACAUGUCACCUUGCCCACGACUUGGUCAUAGUUUCACAUUAAUAGGUAAUAAAGUUUACCUAUUUGGAGGGUUAGCUAAUGAUAGCAAUGACCCAAAAAAUAAUAUACCACGUUAUUUAAAUGAUUUAUAUACAUUAGAUAUAUCUUCACCUGAUGCUUUAGCCUGGGAUAUUCCAGAAACAGUUGGUGAUUUUCCACCACCUCGAGAAUCCCACACAGCUGUAGCUUAUACUGACUCAAGAGGAAAAUGUAAACUUAUCAUUUAUGGUGGUAUGAGUGGUUGUCGACUAGGAGAUCUUUGGACAUUAGACAUAGAUACUAUGUCAUGGAAUAGACCUAUUGUUUUGGGUCCUAAGCCUUUACCGAGGUCUUUACACACUGCUGUAACCAUAAAAAAUAGAAUGUUUGUUUUUGGUGGUUGGGUUCCGUUUGUUGAAGAAGUCAAGUUACCUAUACAUGAAAAAGAAUGGAAAUGUACAAAUCAAUUAGCUUGUUUAAAUUUAGAAACAAUGACAUGGGAAGAAUUGAACAUGGAUAUGAAUGAAGAUAAUAUGCCUAGAGCUAGAGCAGGUCAUUGUGCUGCAAAUAUUCAAACAAGAAUGUAUGUGUGGUCUGGGCGAGACGGAUAUAGAAAAGCAUGGAAUAAUCAGGUUUGUUGUAAAGAUUUAUGGUAUUUAGAAGUGGACAAACCACAAAAAUGUGCUAAAAAUCAGUUGGUUCGUGCGUCUACUAAUGCUUUAGAAAUUGUAUGGAAUAGUGUACCAACUGCGGAUGCUUAUAUUUUACAAAUUCAAAAGUAUGAUCAGCCAGCUGAUACUGCAGCCCCAACUCCACCAACAAUGAUUGAUUAUUCAUUGCUACCAUUCUUGACACCGGAAUUGGCUAAGAAAAAUACAGAUAAUGAUGAUUGUCAAAUUUUACCUACUACUAGUACUAAAGCUGGUAGUCCUGCCAAACCUAAUCAAAUUAUACAAAUAAUACCCCAAGGUUCUACUGUUAAUUCCUCUUCUUUAGUAAAAGAUCAACAGUUUACUCCUGUUAUUGCUCAAGCAUCUGGAAACAUGAAAAUAAAAACUGUUCAAAGUACUAAUGUUACACCAUCGUUACCACAAAAUUUUAAGGCAGUAAGUCCUGUAACACCAAAGACACCUGCAUUUGUUAGCUCUCCUUCUAUGGACAUGUCAGAUGCUGCCAUGCAUACUCUUGCUGCUGCUGCAUCAGCUACUCAAAAGAUCAAAACCACUGUAGUAGUUUCUAAACAAUCAGAACUUCCAAAACCUGUGAUUAAGACUUCAAGUGCACCAUUUAAAAUUGUUCAAACACAAAGAUCAAUAAAAAAUGUCAUGUCACCUGUAAACACUACAGUGCCACAACAACAAGCAGUUCGUAUAACCGGACCUGCUUUACAGACUUCAGUUGCUGGUACAGUUCUUAAAACUGGAUCUAAUGUUUUUGGAAAACAAGUAAUUUUUCAAAAGCCUGGUGGUUCACAAUCAAAUUUUGUUACCUUGGUCAAGACCAGUCAAGGUAAUCUCAUACAAGGUAUUCCAGGAAAGAUGAUUGGAACAACUACACCAAAUAAAAAUAUGCAACCAUCUGUUUUAAAGUUUAUUAAUCCUCCAAUAAAUCAACAGAGUAGUCCUAUUAAAUCAAACCAAACUAUGAAAACUGUACCAUUAAAAACAGUUGGUGCAAGACUACCAGUUGCUGCUAAUAAACCAACUAUUGUUAUUCAAAAAGGUAACUCAAAUCGAUCAGCUUCCCCACAAAUUAUUAUUGUAACAACUGGUUCGAAUCUGAGGGGCAUUCAGACAUUUUCAGCCUCCCAGGCUAAUAUGACCAAUCGCACCAGUGUAAGUAAUGCGCCUGUUCAAAUGGUAAUGGUAUCAUCAGGUGGCAAUACACCAACUGGAAGUAAACCAAUUACAAUUACUAUGGCUGGAGCUGGUAAUCGUAAAAUGGUCACCCUAGGUAAAUCAAAUUUGACUGGUAUGACAAUAGGUGGUAAGCCUGUAACCCUUCAAAUGGUUAGUGGUCAAAAUAAUAUGGCUAUCUUAACUUCAAAUUCUGGUGGUAAUGUUGUCCAGCUAAAGAACACAAAUAUUGUGAAUACACCAAAUACACCUAGAUCUACUGCAAUUAAUUCAAAAGUACCGUCCUCAGUUAAAUUAUCUACUGAUUUACCAGCUAGUACAGAAUCUGCACUUACUCAAUUAGCUGUGGAAGCAGGCAUCAUCGAUUCGUCCAACAAAAGUACUAACGACAUGGAAGAAUCAACUGAUUAUUCUAAGGACGAUUUGGAAAAUCUGAUUCAGGAAGAAGGAAUUGAGAGUCUAGAUGUUGAUAUGAACAGUGUGGAGGACGCUUCCAGUGUUCUUGACUGAAUAAUUAUUUUUAUUCUAAUGAAUUCAAUAAUUCAUGGCUAAUUUGUUUUAUUUAUAGUAAAUUUUUUAUUUUUUCUGCGUAAGCCUGAUUAUUUCAAUUAGUCUAUCCCUAGCCUAUCAAUACUGUACACUAUAUUUUUCAUAAAAUGUUUUUUCUAAUCACAGAAAAAUAUGGGUAGUUGUAAUUUUAUUAUGUAAAUACAAUUUGUAUAAUAUAUAAGAACAUAGUUUGGUAAAAAUGUUAAUUUUCAUGAAUUAUUUUGGUUUAUAUGAAAUGAUUGAUGUUUUUUUUUUAAAUUCAAUAGCCCAAUUUGUUAUUUCUGGUAAAUUAAAGAUUUAAUUAUGGGUAAGUUUUUAUUCUUUGUUUAUAUUUAUAAGUAUUUUGGCUCUGUUUAUGAACAUUUUCAUAAUUUAUGACCUAAUACCUACUUUCAAUGGGUUUAAAGUGUAUAAUUCAUUGACAAAAAUAAACCACAACCCUUCUAAGGCAUACAUUAUAAUAAUCGAUAUUUAGGUAUGGCCAAAAUGUUAGUAUUUACAAAUAUUAGUUCUUAUUUCUCCCAUAUAUUGGCCUAUUUUUAUUUGUAAGUAUUUUUGAAAUUUAAUAUAAUGAAUUUAUGUUAAUUUAAAUACACAGAAUAAGCGGUAUUUACUUAAUUAAUAACAGAAUUGAAUAAUUUUGAGUUAAGUUUAUGUUUUUGCCAUUAUCCUUGUUCCCAACUCGUUUAAUUUUAAUUUUUUUGAUAUAAAAUUAAUAACGGUAAUUAUC